AUGUCGAGGUUUAGAUUACGAAGGCAAUACGACGGGUAUAUUUCCGUGCCCAAUGAUGAUAGUGGAUUUUCCGAUGCCCAGUUUGAACCGCCUCCUCAGAAGAUUCCAUGGAAAGCUCUAAGCUUAGCAGCAUUUCUCUUCGUGGUUGGAACGUCUCUACUCAUUGUGGGCAGCCUCAUUGUAACUGGCCAUAUAGAUACGAAAUAUUCUGAUAGAUUAUGGCCAAUGAUUGUUCUUGGGGGAAUUAUGUUUUUACCUGGAGCUUAUCAUAUGAGAAUAGCAUACUAUGCUUACAAAGAAUAUCCGGGGUACAGCUUUGCAGACAUUCCAGAGUUUGAAUAA